AUGUCGGUUAGAAUAUUACUGAUGAUGUAUAUUUCCCCUCUGGUCAUGGCAGACCAAGAAUCCUACUCGUGGAAGUCUGAAUAUAAAAUUGACGUUUGUAUCGAAUGUAUAGUGUCUUUUCCAUUAGUUAUAGUGUCUCGUUCUCAUAAAGUGACUGACUACACUUACGAGCAGAUCUGCAGUAACCGGUAUCCCAAGCUAGAUGACCAGCAUCAGCAGGUCUUCUCAGAGGUAGACAAAUUGUCAGAGAAUACAGGCGACGAGGCCCAGAUUAAAUACACGAUAAGCAUCUACAAGAUGCAUUUCGAUUACGAAGAGUCGCAGAUGAGGAAGGCCAAUUACGAGAACUACGAUGAUCACAAACUCCUGCACGAGAGCUUCCUCGAGGAGUUUAGAAACCAUCCUAUCCCAAUCAGUAUCCCGAACAUGGAAAAGAUAAAGUCAUGGCUCAUCGCUCACAUUAAGACUUACGACAGAAAAUUCAAUGGAAAGAUGUAA